AUGGCUGCUGCCUUUCAUUGGCCACAUGGGGAUCUGCACCUCCACGGGGAUCAUCCGGGACUUUGCCGGACCGUACUUUGUCUCGGAAGACAACAUGGCGUUUGGCCGACCCACAAAGUACUGGAUUCUUGACGUCAGCAAAGUGUACGCCAGCGGCUCCAACGUCUGGGACACGGCGGUGCAUGACGCCUCAGAGGAGUACAAGCACAGGAUGCACAACCUGUGCUGUGAUAACUGUCACUCACACGUUGCCAUGGCUCUGAAUCUGAUGCGCUAUGGAAACAGCACCUCCUGGAACAUGGUCAACCUCUGCCUCCUCACCUUCAUCCACGGGAGACACGUCAGCUGCGUGGGCUUCCUGAAGACCUGGUUGCCUUUCAUGAUGCUCAUGGGCAUUAUUCUCACCAUCGCUCUGGCCCUGAACCUCCGGUGACCCGGGGGUGAAACUCGGUGGAACCAUCUUCACAAUGACAGACUGCUGGAGAAGAAGGUGCUUCUUCACUGAGAAGAUGGAGUGUUCCACCUCCACUGUUCCACCGAAUGACGUGUUGGAGGUCUGCCAGCACCAGACUGACACUCUCGCCUUAUUCUGAUGUUUUUCAGGAUUUAGAGCUUCCAGAAUGCCAUUUUUCUACGGAAAUGUCUCCCGUCUCUUAGCUGCCUUUUUCAGAUGAUUGUGUGCUCGAUCAUGUUCUGCUCUUCCACAGUAGUGAGGUGGAGAGGCUGUGGCUUCUCCUGCAUCUUUGAGGAAAACGGGUUUUCCUGAGGUGCAGUUUGUGCUCCGCCUCAGGGUCUUAUCUGCAGGUCUGUGACCUCAUCAUUGCCAGUGUAAGCUUUUUGCACAUCAAACUCAUCUGCCGAAACUUGAUUCUCAUCUCUCCAGCAUUUUGUCUUUUUAUGAGCAAACUUAGAAGUUGUGCCUACCAGAAGAAACCAUUACCUCGGCCCCUGCGGUACAGAACUUUUUCAGCUCCUUGGUUGGCGUGAGGUCUUCCCUGAAACGCUGAAUCUGUAUGAUGGUUGGCGCUCCAAACCCGUUGCCAUGGCUGUUGGCGGCAGACUCAAAUCCCUUCUUUGUUUGCAAACUGGGAAAAGUGCUGAGCCCGUCUUUGUUCCGGUCUGAGCAGAAGCAGCAGGUAGUCAGGAUCAAGAGCUCGUUUUAACAAGUUCCUGCAGGAUCUGCAGGCAAAGAUGGAGGUCAUGGUGAAGCAUCAGCGGCAAGACCAUGAAAAGGACAUGGAUCUGAAUGGUUCCAGUUGUUCCUCAUGAAACCCAUUUUUUUAAUCAGAAUUCUUUACAGUAAUUUUUACUCCAUGUUUGCCGCCUGGUUUGGUGACUGCAGAGCAUGCAGCAGGCGUGCGUCUGCAUGAGCAGUCCAUGUAUGCUAGAAGAGCAGGGAAGCGUCUGUCUUCAUGGGGGAAAAGCAGCUGAAUUUCCCCUUCAUAACCUGCUGGUUUUCUUAAGCCAGAUGAACUAAAUCAGCCUGUUCCAGGACCACUUCUCCCAUGGGGGGUCCAUAGCAAAGGUUUGCAUCUGUAAAAACAUAUUUGGAGCUUUGAGUCCAUCAGAGAUGAGCAGGAUCCUGCAUCCUAGUUAUUGCUGUGAAGCUGGAAGCAGUCGGGAAUGCCGCAGGAGGUUUGAGAUGCUGCAUCCUGCUGCGGUGCCUUGUAUCCAGGAGUAGGUUGGGGAAUGUGGAGACCUGCGGUCGCCUCGAUUCAGGCUGUUGACAAAAGUCAGUGGGGAUGCCAUUAUGAGUGCCACCAUCCUCAGAUACUUCCAGCCGUCUGCCAACUCCGAACUCCUUUGUUCCUCUAAUCCUGGAGGAGCUUUGAUCACAUGGCUGGUGGGAAUGUGAGGAAUCCUGCCAGUGAUUGUGGGAACUCUGAAUGUUCUGUAACAACAAUAAAACUUCUAUUAUUGUAAGAAACA